UUAGGCCAUCGUUUCGGCUGCUUCGCCUUCGUCAGGGCGUUUAUCCUUUGACGUUUCCGUGUCCAUAAGGCGCUUGAAACCGAGAUCGCGAUGCGCAAGACCCUGGAAGCGAUUUGGAUUACCGUUCAGCUGCUUAAAGUUGAAACCGUGAAAGUCCUCAAUAUCAUGGUUCUCCCCCAUUUCUCCUCUGCUAAUAUCGACGACUUUGUACUCCGUGUUCUUGAUAGCCAGUUCCACUCCAUACCCCGACAGUGACACUUUGGCUAUAGGAGUGUCAGUGCACUUCAUGUAGUGUCUCAGAACGUAUUGAAUUCUCCGCGCUGAAGCUAAUUCAACAGCUUUCGCAUGAAGCUGCAACCAUUCCUGCGUGCCAAUUUCCCCAUAGAUUAUUGCCGUAGUUUCUGCUUGUCUUCCGAGAUUGAACACGUGGUCAAUUGAAAGCAAGGCUGGAGAAUCCCUUCCGUGAGACGAUUCCACAGCAUUCUCGAGUUCACUGGCGUCACAUCCUUUUAGACCGUGGACGUCGAAAAAUGCAACACAUGGCAAUGCGUGAUCGGCACCGAUCUGCUGAAAUAACUGCACUGAAGGAGAGUAGAUUCGCAGUGACAGAGAAAGCUUUAAUAGAUCUAUGAGAGGCGCCGACAACAUCUUCGAAGCCUGCUGCAGCCCAAAAUCGUACUUCAUUUUGUCACUCACUUGAUUCCAGUUCAUCGCAGAGCAUUCAUCCGCUAUUCCCGAUAUAAAUCUCCAAAACAACUGCUCGUCCUCCUUCGACAUGAAUUCGCUAAAAAAUAA